AUUCAAUAAGCCACGCUGCGCCGUUUUCAGAAGAACCUGGGAAAGACAUGGCCAGCCAUCCAAAGUGCCACUUGACCCAAAACCUAUUAUUCAUCCUCUCUUACACCGCUGCGAUAGUAGCAGCGUCUACACCGCAAACAUACUACAACCAACAAUAUACUCCCACUGACUACCCAAUGCCACAUGACUUUCCCAACGACAGCCUUUACCAGGCCUAUUUGGUGAUCCAGCGCUUCAAGAAAACCAUCACUUGUGAUCCCCUGAACAUUACCUCGACCUGGACUGGCCAUGACAUCUGUGGCGCCACGACCUACGUCGGCUUCUACUGCACUACACUGCCCGGGCACGGCAAGAACGUCACAGUCACAUCGGCUGUUUUCGAUGGCUUUGGCUUGUGUGCGCCACAGCUGCAAGGCUUCAUUGAUCAACUCCCAGAUCUUGCGCUCUUCCUUGCUACCUCGAACAAAUUUGAUGCCUUAGGCGUCCUCAACCUUGCUGGCCUCACCUACCACUACAAGGUGGGCAUCAGCGAUGACCCUGCUGCUCAGCCUUUUAGCUCUUUAGCACCGGCUGUAGAUUUGGCACUAAUGAUCGGUGCUGAGGUACACUUUCCGCACAGCUUAUCCCUUGAAGCUAUCCCCGGUGCAACGAACGCUAGGGUACUUCUUCUUAACAAUGACGAGCUCUCUGGGUCGAUUCCGGAAAAUCUUGGCUUCUCCAAGCUGAGCUACCUCGCCGUUGCCAAUAACAAGCUCACUGGGCCAAUCCCACCAUCAAUCGGGCACUUGCAAGACUCCCUGCUCGUGCUGCUCCUCCUCAACAACCAGCUCUCCGGCUGCCUCCCCCACGAGCUCGGCAUGCUCCACAAGGCGGCCGUCAUCGACGCCGGCAUGAACCGGCUCACCGGCCCGAUCCCGUCAUCCUUCUCCUGCCUCAGCAGCGUCGAGCUGCUCAACCUCGCCGGGAACCGCCUCUAUGGUCUGGUGCCCGACGCGCUCUGCAAGCUCGCCGGGCCGGCCGGCCGCCUCGCCAACCUCACGCUGUCCGGCAACUACUUCACCUCCGUCGGGCCGGCGUGCGCGGCGCUGAUCAGGGACGGCGUCCUCGACGUGAAGAGCAACUGCAUUCCGGGCCUCGCCAACCAGAGGCGCCCGGCGGAGUGCGCGGCGUUCCAGAGCCAGCCCAAGACGUGCCCGGCGGCGAGCACCCAGCAGGUGGUGUGCCCCGCCGCAGCUGCCGCAAAGGGCGCGGCGGCGCCGGGGGAGAGGAAGGCUAGGGACUAAUCCAGCUACGUGACCUACGCUACUCUGCAUGAGUGAGCGGCCUCAGCUCGGCAUGCAGUAGGAGACAGAGUGUCUCGGUGGCGUUUUGGCUAUUUGUUCUUGUAUUCUUAUGUAGUAUGUGUGUUGGUGUGUGCUUGUGAUUGUUGUCUAUUAUUUUGCUCUGCACGUGUUGCUGUCCAGGUUGCAUUGCUGUCAAACCUAGAUCCAUCGUUGCAUCCAUUUGAGUGAAAAAUUAUUGUUGUUGUAGUAAAGUUUUAUCUGUCAUGGACGUUCGAUAUA